GCAGGUGCAGCAUGAAGCCUCCCUUCCGUUCUACGAGAGCUUCGACUGUCUCUCUCCGUCUCUGAAGUUGGCUCCGUGCUCUUCAGGUCGCAGCAUCCUCAACCUGUCGAGAUGCUGCGAACUCCACUGUUCUUGGUGGUGCUGUGCGUGGCCAUGACGGCCGCCGGCACCAUCCCAUCCCCAUUCGGCGUCGUCCGAAGCGUGGCCGACCACAAACUGGCCGCCAGGACCAAGCUGGCAACGCACUUCGCGAGCAAGCAAGCCGUCAAGGCCCCCGCUGACCCGAAGGUUGCCGACGAUCCAGACGCAGGUGCAGAGAACGCCGUGACCGAAGUGCCACCGGCCAAGUCCCAGGAACUGUCCGCCGCGCCCGCAUCGGACGAAGAAGUGCACGAUGCCAAGAAGCGCUUCACUGCCGGCUACGCGGCCCCGGACUUCGCCAAACAGCUAGAGAAGAAGCGCCUAGCCACCAGGAAAAGAAUGCAGGACUUCGCCGCUGCGAUCAUAUCCCUGCCUCUGGAUUACUACAAGAUGAAGCACUACCUCGCAGCUGGCGAUACCCGCGGAUCGCUGACGCGAGUCAUCAUCGUGGAGAAGGGCGUAACCACGCUUCUCUACACGUCGGAGCCGAAGUACUUCACCGCUCAGGCGUGGGUCCAGGAGGAUGCGUCGCCAACCCUUCCAGAACAGCCUGCGAAACAACAGCAGCAGCAGUCGAAUGAGGGCUCCAGCGCUGGACCGGCGUCCAUGUUCUCCGGAUACCAUCGACACAAAUUCAUCGACACGACGAGAUUCCCUGUACACGGAGUUAACUUCACCAACUUUAGUCUCAAAAACGUCUCGUAUCGUGAACUCAUGGAGUGCACUGGCAAGGUCUUGUGUACAAUGGCCGCGCGACCAAGCGUGUUCGGCCCAAUCAGCGUUAACGUGACCGAGUCCUUCAGUUCGUACAAGCCACCGUACAGCAGCGCGGGGCUCGCCUACUUCAAGUUGUCGUCUGAUGCCGGAAGAGACAAUGAAGACUGCGAAAAUUUCUUCAGUUACUGCCGGCUAAGUGCGAAGAUGAUCAAGAUCCUCUUUGACAGUCGCCUGGCACUAUAAGCACGUGCUUCAACAGUCCUUUGUAUAGCAUACAUGGUGUUCAAAAUUGAGCUUUAACGAACUUUUAAAAAUCGCCUGUGGCAGGUGGCAUAAUUCUUAUCAUUGAGCUGGGUUAUUCGAACAGGCGGACAUUAGUAGCAUGAGAAAUCGAAACACUCAUUCAACUAAUUAACAAAAAAUGACUAAUGAACUUCUUAGUUAAUUACUUUACAACACAUAUCCACUUGAAAUGAAUUUCCAGGAUGACACCAGUUUCGAGAUAUUAUUUCUCCAAUUUGUGGGACGAAAUAGACGGGCGUUCCAGUUACUUUUGUGCUUCAAUGUAUAAAACAGCAUUUUGGUAGAAAAUUAAGUGGAACAACUGUGCCUUUUUACGGCGAGUUUGAUGGCGCAAGUCUCCAGACUGGUGUCAUUCUGGAAAUUCCUUCCAAGUGGAUACGCCUGACGAGCUCACCGGCUUCAAUUCGUAAAUUGCAAUAUGUGUCGUAAAGUAAUUAACUACGAAGUUAAUUAGUCCAUUUUUUAACGUAGUUUACUAUGUGUUUCAAUUUCUCGUGCUACUAAUGUCCGCCUCUUCGAAUAACCCAGCUCAACGAUAUGAAUUACGCUACCUGCCGCAGGCAAUUUCCAAAAAUCCCGUAAAACUUAAAAAUGAACACCCUGUAUAUACUUUCAUUGGAAUUCAGGUCGCCCAUUGUUCAAAUGGAUAUGCGACCAACUGUGGUAAAUAAAGGCC